UUAUCGGAUCUGACUUACGGAGUACGGGGCGAUCGCCGCACUGCCCAGUAUUACCAGUAAUACCAAUGCCGGCAUUGAUGUUCGCUGGCAGACACAUAAGAACAGAUGGACGGACGUUUUGAAAAAGAAAGCAAAACAACACUUUUUUGGUAGUAUCAGGAGACUCCAAAAAGUGUAUUUCCGUCGAAAUCUAUUUUCCGCAGGAUUACCGUACAUAACCUUUUCUGUACUACCUAUAUUCCGUACAUACGAGAAAGUAAUAAAAGUAAUAAGGGGUAAAUUGCCUAAAAUUAGGUAGGUACAUUCAAAGAAAUAAAAUAGGCACAUAGGACAUUGCCAGGGCUCUUAACAUUGGUGAUAUCAUGGAAGAACACUGUGUUCUGUGGUAAUGUGGAAAAGUAGUCUACAGUGGUAUCAUCACGAUAUUCCACACGGCACAGAGUAUUUAUGUGAUGAGCGUAUGUGCGAGAGGUUUCUCUCCUGGUGCUAGAAGCUGUAAAUACGUGAUACCUGGAGCCCAAACAGCCCAAAGCAAAAGCUGGACAGAUCAUAGGUUAUCAUGCUCAUGCCCAUGCUCUUGCCUAUGGGGCACGUGUGAGGAGUUCGAUGUUCUGAAGUUAUCUGGAUCAGUGCAGUGUUACGAAUACACUGACCGAGUUAUUUUAAUCGAUUAUAUGUGGUGAUUACGAGUUCUUGUACUAUCCCUACACCAGUUUAUAUUACAAUGGAUUACGCGGAAGAACAGACAAAUGAAAUAGAAGCUUUGGACUCCAUAUAUUGUGGUGAAUUCGAAGUUUUAGCAACAGAACCAUACCAUCGGUUUCUUAUUCCAAUUAAAUCCGAAGAUUAUGAAGCAGAAUCGGCAAAUGGUCAUUCUUGCAAGUUAAAAUUUUCUUACACCGAAAACUAUCCUGAUGAAGUGCCAGAGGUUGAGGUUAUAGAUGCAGAGAAUUUAGAAGAUGAUGAUGCUGAUUCUCUUAAGCAGCAUAUAAUGGAAGUGGCCCAAGAGAACCUUGGUAUAGUAAUGAUAUUUACUUUAGUUUCAUCUGCUCAAGAAUGGUUAAAUAACAAAUGGGAUGAAACUCGCAAAGAAAGGGAGGAAAGUGCUAUGAAGAAACAAGCAGAAGUUGAAGAAGCAGAAAGGAAACGAUUUGAAGGGACGCGUGUAACAGUUGAGUCCUUUUUGGCAUGGAAAGCUCGAUUUGAUGCAGAAUUCGGACAUAAUAAGAAACAAGAGAAGGAUGACAAUGCGACAAAAAAGUUGACUGGAAGAGAAUUGUUCCUUACAGAUAAAACACUUAAUGAGUCAGAUCUCAAAUUUUUGGAGGAUGGUGGAGAUGCUGUCAAAGUUGAUGAAUCACUUUUCCAAGAGUUGGAUGAGCUGGACCUGGAAGGAGAGGAUGAUUUAGAUGAAGAUUUCUCUUGAAACAUCCUGUUAAUGUGUGAAUGGGGAGGAUGUAGUGCAAGUGUGAAUGUGUGUAUGUAAUGAAUAUAUACUAUAUUAAAGAUAUUAAAAUUCUUUUGAGAUUGUAUUUUUUUCUUGUAUAUAUUAUAUUUUAUAAGGGACAUUUUACUACUGCUUAGAUUGAUGUAAAGAAGCAUCUUCAUAUUUUAUUACCAAAUUCUUAUUAUUUCUAUGGAAACCUUCAACUCCAAUGUACCUCUGGAUCGUAACCCUAUAGAACACAAAUUAUAUAUCUCAGAUACACAAGAUAUUCCCUCAUAUUAUCUUUUUCUUACAACUGUUUCUCUGCUGUUAGUGUGGCCAGUUUUUUGGUAAUUCUCUCAUAUUGUUCUUAGAAUUCACCGCUGGUGUUUAAGUUGAAAUUAUUUUGUCCCUAUUACAGUCUUUACAUUCCAAGCAGUAUCAUUAAUACAGGGCAUGCAAUAAUGCUUAAUUCCAUCUUGUUGAAUAAGACAAGUUUGAUAAAGAUAACAAGAGUCAUAAUGUUAUGGAAAUUAAAAAUGACACCUUUGAAGGAAUACAUCCACACUAAAAGAAUUAUAAAUAUUAACCCUUUGACUGCUCUAGAUGAGUUAAUAAGCAAUAUUUUUCCAUGCGUGGUAGCCUCUGGAUGAGUUAUUACGCUGAGUCAGGUUGUUGCUGGGAGCCUCUGGACGAGAUCGUACGCAGAACUGCGACGUACUGAGAGCCUCGGGACAAGUUCGCUUGUGCAUUCGUGAUUUUGGCUAUUGCUACUGAUAACUGAGAUGUCUUGUGCAGUAUCUAUGUGUAAGUGAGCUCUGCUCACAAUUUAGACAAGAGGCGUGACUCAGUCUGCUGUGCCAUAGCAGUUAAAGGGUUAAGAAACUGUUAUAUGAUCAGUGACUAAUAUUAUAAAACUUUUCUUUCUUAUAUUCUCAUUUUAGUUUUUCUUAUGCAUAAAAAACAGUUCCUUUUAAAAUUUUUGACAUUCACAUUUCUUUUCCUUUUUAUUGUUUCAGUUCAUAACAGUUGGAGUUGACAACACUUUUGGCUACAGACUUCUAGCCAACUUCAGGCCUCUGGUUUGAAGAAAAAUGUUACAAUUUAUAGUACUGGAUGCUAUACAGAAAUACUUUUACAUUAAUUUUAACAACAGAUUAAAGAUGUCAAUCGAACAUACGUUCUAAUUCACAUUACUAGAUGAUAUAAAAAAGUACUUUUAACUAGAGGUCAAAAGUCAUACGGUUAAUAAGUAUUUGUAUCGUUUAUUACAUUUUUGUGUACGUUGACAGAAGCAUACCUAUUGCUGUAGUUUGCACUCAGUUUGAUAACUAUUUAAAACUAUUAAUUUUUGUAUUAUCCAGUAUGGUGAAUUGGAGCUUAUGUUUAAUUAACACCUUUAAUCUGUUGUUAAAAAUAAUAU